AUGGCCCUCACCAUCAACCUGGACGCUCUCCACAGCGGCGCCGUCUUCCUCCAGACGCAGAUUGUUGACAAGCUGUUUCGGCAAGCAGAUUACGUAGAGUGUGUCAACACCGCCCAACGCCACCGCGUCCUCCUCACGCUCGACAUUGAGUGGCUACAGGAGAAUUGGCAGACAAAGCUUGCCGACAACUUUGAGCAAGUCGAGAAUGACGACCUCGCCGACUUCGCGGAUGCGGCCGCGGCCCAAUCGCCGGACCACUGGUCCGAGACUGAGCAGGAGGUAAGUGCAUCCAGGCUCACCCCUAUGAGCAGCAAGAUUGUGUGGGGGUUGUUGGUUGUUGGUGCUUGCAGACUGUUGGCGGCUGACACGGUUACAGAAACCGGCGUACGAGGGGAAGGGCAAGGGCAAGCCCCUCUUCCAAGGUCCUCUUCCAAGGUCGCAAAGGUCGCAUUACCGAAGCAGAGUAAUGACCACGAAGGAUCGACAGGAUCGACCCACAGGCUCUCCCCCGAGGCCGUCGCCUCCCUUAUCAACGGAAGCGAUGACCUUAUCAACCUCUGGCACACCACCUACCACAUUCCGGCUGUGAUUGCCUCCCCACCCAUCGUGGCCAACUUGCCGCUAAUCGACAACAUGGCCACUCCUACGAUCCCUCCGGCCGUGCUGUGCACCCUGAAGACCCGCUUCCUAUUUACAAAAGUCAUGACCAAGGAGGGCAUGAAGGUCCUCGCCGCAGAUAAACCCCCAACGCUCGACACGCUGGACUUGCUGCCCUGCACGUCCGAAUUCCCUGGCACGGUUUUUGCGUGCUACGCCAAGUGGGCCCUAAUCGAGACCGCCGACGGUCCCGCGCUCAUCCUGUAUGGCGGUUCCGCCACAGGUGCAGGCGGUGUGGUGGAGCGCAAGCGGCAGCACUGGGUCAACCUCCUUAUGGACCUCAUCCCAUGGGUGCACAAUAUGGAAGUCGGGCUGACAGACAGCGGAGACCGCUUCAUUGAGCUGGUGUCCCACCAGGACGUCAUCUCGUGGCAGAUGGAUAUCGGCGUCCUGCUCGCGUAUGGUGUAGCCAAGCACUCCGCCACAGACAAGGGCCUCGGCUGUCGACUGGGUUUUCUCCUUUUCGAGGCAGGCCGUUUAUGGGACGAGGAGGCGUCCUUGUACGAGCCGUGCAACAAAAAUUGUCCCACCGUUCAGCCUUUCCGCACCAAGGUUGCCAAGCGCAUCACCGGUACCGACGUGACCGCGACGCGCAACGCUCAAACGGGACCUGUCACAAGCGCCAUCCUCGCAGCGUGUGUUGCAGGCUCCGAGAGCUACUACAAGCGUCGCAGGUCGCAGAUGACCCAGAGCGACAUUGAGGAGAAGAACGCUGAGCGUAGGGUCAAAGACCAAAAGAAGCGCGAGGCGCAGCUCGGUACGUCUAUUGCUUACAUUGGUGUUGUUGACAAAUUCGUAGCAUGGUUGGCCGAACACCCGGAUCCCGAAGUCGUCAAGGCCGCUGCUGCUCGAGCCAAGGAGCUCGCCGGGGCCCAGGCAAUGAUCCCAACCUUCCUCAAGGACAAUGCGGCCCUGAAGCUCAAAGCACGCUCAGCUCAUCAGUGGCGUGCUCAGGUAUUGUCAAGAGUACACGAGAGGGGCAGUCCAUUGACAGCAAAGUCUCAGGUCCCUCGUCUUCGGAAGCGACGGGCAACAGAAGCGCAAGUCCAACAAGGCCUCCAAGGCCAAGAACAAAAGUGA